CCAUCUGCAGAAUCAAUCUUAACCCAUUUCUUCUUCUUCUCUAAAUGCUCUCUCAUCUCCACUCCAUCUACAAAACCAAUCUUAACCCAUUUCUUCUUCUUCUCUUUUUUCAGGAGAACUUGAGAAACUUGGAAUUCUCUGUCAUUGAACCCAGCUACUGGAUUUUAUUAAAGCCUCAAACUUAAUAGAUCUUAUCAAAUCAAAUUAACCCUUCAAUAAACAAUAUCAAUCAAAUUCCAACAAAAAUACAAUCAAACUCUAAUCAAAUUCCAAUAAAAAUACAAUCAAAUUGUAAAUUAACUCCCAAAUUUAUUAACAACUGGGAAUGAAAAUCGAAAGAAGAAUGAAAGAACAUGAAUCCAGUGUCAAAACAGCAAGGCUGGGUUCAUCGGAACCCAGCCGAUCUGGGUCUCGACGAACCCAACAAGGUUGGGUCUCGUCAAACCCAACAAGACUGGGUUUCAACCGAACCCAGCAACUGGGUUCGACGGAACCCAACAAGGCUGGGUUCAUCGGAACCCAAGCUGGGUUCGACGAGACCCAGCAGGGUUCGUCAGAACCCAGCAAGGAACCCAACCUUGCUGGGUUUGGGGAAACCUCGCCAGGCUAGCCUGGUGGAGACCCAAGGUAGGAAAGAAGGAAAGAGAAAGAAAGAAGGGGAAGAAGAGGGAUUGGGAGGCUUUGGGUCUCGAUCGGAAAACAUCUCCACCAGUCCACCUUCAGCAAGUGCCACACCACCAUCUCCAGCAAGAGCAUCAGAGGCACAUUGCUCAGUGUCCGCUCUCUUUUUGGAGGCAGGGAAAUCGCCCCAGAUCCAAGCACUCUUCUUCUCUUCCUUUGACCCUGCUCCUCUUUGGAAUUGGCCUUCGUCCCUCUCUAUUACCCUUAUACCUUUCAGCGUUGCUAAAGAACCCAAGCGCCGACAUAGUGACCAUGUUUUUGGAAUGGCCGAACCUGCAAAUUUCUAUUGCCAAAGGGGAUCAAUUGUGUUCUCUGAGAUGGAAGCCGACGCUGGCACUCCUAGAUCCUAAGUUCUAUACUCCAUCACCACUUCCUCUUUCUUUUUCCUUCCAUCUUUUCUUUCGUUCACAUAUAUUAUCUUUUCCUUUUGUUUGUUCGUUUAAUUUCCAAGAAAUCCCUAUAAAUGUUUACUCGUUCU